AUGGCCGCGUUGGUUCAACUUUCUUUGCUCGUGUUUGGUGUUUUGGGAGUGGAGUGCCAGCCCCGUGUUAGCCUGGGCGGUCUCGGUACUCUACUCGGGGAAACGGUCCACUAUCUCCGGGAGGGCUACCCGGCCAAAGACGUCUACAUCGAUGCAUUCCGUGGGAUCCCGUUUGCCGAGAAACCCGUCCGGUUCUCGAAGCCGCGAGCCAAGGAAUGGUCGGGGGAGUUCAAUGCGACAACCUUCAAGGAGAGGUGCCCGCAAGCGCUUACAGAGGGAACCAGUGAAGAUUGCCUGUACCUUAAUGUGUGGGCGCCAAACCCAAAGCCUUCCAAAGCAGCCGUUAUGGUCUUCAUCCACGGUGGUGGAUAUGUGUCAGGGGCAGGCGAUUACAAAGGUUACCACGGCACACAGCUCGUGGCGUAUCAAGACGUCGUUGUUGUGACUUGUAACUACAGACUAGGCAGCUUCGGCUUUCUCACCACAGGUGAUCCAGAGUUACCAGGGAACUAUGGGCUAUGGGACCAGCGCGAAGCACUGAAAUGGGUGAAGGCACAUAUAACUGCUUUUGGAGGUGACUCUGACAGGAUAACCAUUUUCGGACAGAGUGCUGGUGCUGGGUCGGUCAGUCUUCUGACACUGGCGGAACCAGCCUGGGAGUUCUUCGACAGAGCAAUCGUACAGAGUGGACAAGCUUUGUGUCCGUGGUCUUUGGAGUUGGACAAGGCAAAGGCUAGGCAGGAUGCCUUCGAAGUCGGUAGGAAUGCCGGGUGUGGGGAGAUUGAGACCAGUGCAGAGCUUGCUGAGUGUCUACGGGUUGUUGACACCGAAAGACUCAAUGCGGCGACAACUGCGGUCCUUCUGAAAACGAGGAAUGUCAUUCCAUUCGUUCCGACAGUUGACGGUGAACUCAUUACAGACAAUCCCCUCAACCUCUUUACCAACGGCAAGUUCAAACAGUGCGAUAUCAUGACGGGAGCGAUGAGGGACGAGGGGACCAUCUUAGCUGCCAGAGCUUUUCUCAGUCAAAUCAACACGACUCACCCAAUGGUUACCCGUGAAGAGUUUGAAUCCAAACUGAGCACGUAUGUCUACAGAUUUACUAAUGAUAUGAUCCUGGACUCCAUCAAGCAAGAAUAUUACAACUGGGCAGAUGUGGAGGAUCCUGAUACUAAUUUCUUCUGGAGUUUUGUCCGGAUCACCACAGAUGAGGCAUUUGUGUGCCCGAUAGAGGCUGGUGCACGAGCCUAUACCAAUGCUGGUAUGAACACCUACCUGUAUCAUAUGACGUACGUGCCGUCAGUUCGUAACUUCGGUGAGAAUAUUCCAUGGGUUGAUGUCGUCGCUCACUCUGACGAGAUCACGUUUGUAUUUGGGCAUGGGUUGUUCGUGGAAAACCCAGUCAACAUAACGGCAGUAGAGAUGAAUAUGACGCUGGAUUUAAUGAGAUAUUGGACUAAUUUUGCCAAAACUGGAAAUCCGAACCUUGAGUUUGCCAGCCAGUCUGAGAACGAAGAAGACGAGACAAACUGGGCAAAGUUUUCGAUUCCUGAGCUGGCGUAUAAGGAUAUUGCACCCUCUAUGAAGGACAGUAGGGCAUUGAGGAGUGCUCAGUGUCAAUUCUGGAACGAAUAUCUACCGAAACUCAACUACUUUAUAGACGAAACAGACGAAGAAGAGUGGCAAUGGCGGGAAGAAUUCUACGGAUGGAAGUCGCAGGAGAUACCAGACUGGCGCCAAGCGUAUGCAGAGUAUAUGGAGGUCGUUGGAAACGAUGUCAAUUCUUGA